GGUAGGUUCAGAUUUGAAUAAUAUAUUAUGGUCGGUCUUUUGGAUAAAUUAAGAUACUAAGAUAUAUUUUAGUUCAUGGUUAUUAUCUAUUAUUAUCAAUAAGACAUGUAUUAUCAUUGAUUAUAUAAUAAAUAUUUAUUUUAUUAUAUAACUAAUGAUCACGAACUACUACAUGUAGUAGUUCGUGCUAAUGAUAUCAUCACAGUUUAGAUUAAAGAUUAAACCGAAAGCGCUGAAAGUAAAAGUAUUAAGUUAAGAACAAAGUAACAAACGUACAAAACAAACGUAUAAGUAAUAUUUUAAUCUAUUCCAAACUUCUAAAUCUAAAAUCCAAAUUACAAGGUUUAAUUUAUGUGAUUCAUUUGAAUUAUUUUCUCUUAAUUAUGGGUAGUGAUGGAAUUCUUAAAAAUAAACAUAAACGAAGAAGAGAAUUCAAAAAAUAUAAGCGUAAAGAAUUGGAUCCAAAAAUUUUAAAAACAUUACCCAACGAAAUACAAAAAGACCCUUCAUUGCUGAAAUAUUGGCAUUCUAGGUAUAGGUUAUUUAAAAAAUUUGACCAAGGAAUUAAAUUAGACAAGGAAAGUUGGUAUUCAGUGACACCGGAAGUAAUAAGUCGCAUGAUUGCUAAACGGUGUACAUGUGAUCUGAUAAUUGAUGGAUUUUGUGGUGCUGGUGGCAAUACCAUUCAAUUUGCAUUAACUUGUAAAAAAGUUAUUGCAAUAGAUAUUGAUCCAAAGAAAAUAGAGCUUGCACGAAAUAAUGCUGAAGUUUAUGGUGUAUCAGAUCGCAUAGAAUUUAUUAUUGGAGAUUAUUAUGCUUUGGUUCCUACUUUAAAAGCGGAUGUUGUAUUUUUAUCACCACCAUGGGGCGGCCCCUCAUAUUCCAAAAAAAAAAAAUUUAAUAUUGACGAUAUAAUGCAAAGUUACGGAGGUGGUAAAUACCUUUAUGAAUUAACUCGUCAGAUAACUACAAAUAUUGCAUUCUUUCUCCCAAGGAAUAUUGAAGACAAUCAAUGUAUUUCUUUAGCUGGCCAAGGCAAUUUAGCCGAAAUAGAAAGUAAUUACUUGAACAACAUACUGAACUCAAAAACAUUGUACUAUGGAGAUUUAAUUAAAACUGAUAGUAUUAGUAUUUCAAAUGAAUAAAUAAUAGCUCAAUAUUCUCAAUAUUUAAUUCAUGAAUAAAUUAAGAUUUUAUACCAAUUUUUGUAUCAAUAAUUUUUUCUUUAUUUAUUCAAAUAAUAUAAGAAUAAUGGUUAUAAAUUACAAUACAAUAUAGAUUAAAUAUAAUUAACAAUUUAUACUGUUAUAAAAUAACUUUUAAAAUGAUAUGUAUGUGUUGCGUAAGUGUAUGUGAUACUCUUAAAUUUUAGUUUUAUGACAUUCAUUCCUGUAAGCAUAUUUUAAUUAACAAUACAAAUAGCGUCACAAAAUAAAAAUAAAUGGUUUGUGCUUUAGUUUGA